UUAGGCAUUGAACCCCUGUAUCACAAAGCCAAAUUAAGAUUAGCUAGAACAACCAGAGAAGAAAAAUAACAUGGAAAGUCAUGGAAGUUUAGAAAAUCAUACUUCAGCUUGGGGUUUGGCAAAUUCCAUCACCAUUCAAAUGACUCUGAGAGCUGCAGUUGAGCUCAAUGUGUUCAACAUCAUUGCCAAAUCAGGUCCCGGAGCUCAUCUGACAUCAAAAGAAAUUGUUUCACAAAUCCCCAACCCAAAUCCAACUUUAGCAGGAGAGAAUCUGGAGCGAAUGCUCAAACUUUUGAGUGUUCAUUCUCUUUUAUCCACAUCUGUAAGACCAAACCCUACUGAUAAGACAAAGCAAGAAACAAGUUAUGGGCUAACAAAGGAAGCACUUUGCCUAGUCCUGAAUGAAGAUGGAGUUUCUUUUGCUCCGGUCGUUGUGUUGGGCUCCGAAAUGCUCGUUGCAAAGAGCUUCUCUAUGCUCAAGUACAAGGUGCUUGAACCGGAGAGUUCUCCAUUUCUCAAAGCCCAUGGAGAGAGUUUUUAUGACUACAUGUCUAAUAAGCCUGAGCUGUGCCAAUUGUUUGACAAGGUGAUGGAAGUAAAUUCUUACCUAUAUUUUGAUCAUAAGGUGUUUGAGGUUUACAAAGGUUUCGAAGAGGUGAAGGAGCUGAUGGAUGUAGGAGGUGGUGAUGGAACUGCGAUUGCCAAGAUAGUGUCUAUGUAUCCUCACAUCCAGGGAAUCAACUUCAAUUUGCCAAGUGUUGUAUCUAAAGCUCCUAAAUUGCAAGGUGUGGAGCAUGUAAGUGGAGAUAUGUUUGAGUUCAUACCAAAGACGCAGUCAAUCAUGUUGAUGUUGGUACUCCAUAAUUGGGAUGAUGAACACUGUAAGAAGAUAUUGAGAAACUGUUGGGAGGCAAUACCGGAUUAUGGGAAGGUAAUAGUUGUUGAGCCAUUUGUAAUGCCUGAACUAGUUGAGGAGACCCCAGAAAUGAAGCGCAUACUUUACUAUGACGUAAUCAUGAUGACCUUGUUUCCUGGUGGUAAGGAGCGAACAACCGCUGAAUUGGAUAUCCUGGCCAAAUCCGUAGGUUUCGUUGAAACAAAGAUCUUCCCCCUUCCUCGUGGGAGUCAUGUUAUUGAGUUUCUUAAGGGCGGGAGCGUGGGAUUGUUGGAUAAGUAAUCCAUCUCAUUCCUUAACGUCCUCUUAGGGGGGUGUAUUGUAUUUGGAUUUGUGCAGACUUUUUUUAAAGGACUAAAGUCUGUUUAGUCCCUGUACUAUGCCUCUCUCAUCGUUUCAGUCCCUGACAUUCCAAUUUAAUCUGAAAAGUCCCUGAUGUCUCAAUUUCCGUCUAAUAGGUCCUUUCCGCGGGAAAUUAGGAAUUGGCAUUGGGUGAAAUGUCCAAUAUACCCUCAGUUAUUUCUUUUUUCUUUUUUUUCCUUUUUAGUUUAUUUUUUAGGGAAAUGAUAUAAAAGGUUAUAUUAGAGUGUGAA